UUCAUUUUUACUUUCUGAAAAAACUUAAUUAAGACUGGCACUGGACACACGGGUGGACAUACUAGUAAAAUAAACCUAACGGGCCCUUAUGAAAGAGACACGUGACAGAGAGACCUGGAAUUGCUUAGAGAAUCUCCAAUGCUACAAUGUGCAUGAUGUAAAUGUGGCAUGAGAUGGCCACAUAAAUAUUAGCAAAUAAAUUAUUUAUCUUCUAAUUUGAAUGAUUGUAUACAAUUUUGGUAAGUUUUUUCCAGCAAUGUCAACAUCUAGACGGUCACCUUGACAUUGUAAAGAAAAACUUAUCAAAACUAUAUAAAACCAUUUAAAUAUUUAUUUAUUAAUAUUUAUAUGGUUAUCGCUCACGUGAACAUUGUAAUGGAGAUGCUCUUGCUUGGUGGUAAAAACACGUGGCGAUCGUAGAAACGUCGCAUUUCACAUGGCAUGGCGUGGUGGAGCUUCAAAAACACGUGUACUUUCCUAGGGAGCUAAGUUUCCGAGCCUCCACUCUGCUUCAUCAGCCACAAAAACGAAAAAAAGUUGGAAUACACAGAUCGAGGAUCAUGCAUGGUUGACUGGCUAUAACCGGAGGCGGCGGCUCGAUCAACCCUUGGCCAGCUGGCUUAACACAUUCCGUGGCUUUAAUUUCUUACAGGGAGGUCGGAUGCGCCGCCGGAAUGGGCAUCUCCGCCGCCUCUGCCACCGCCUGACCUGUUUCUCUUCCUUGGGUCGUCUUCCCUUUUAUCCUAGCUUAUUAUGCUUUCGUAUCUGUUUUUUUGGUGUAAUCAAUUGGUAUGUUUGGCUAGCGGCGUUUUCGCCUGAACCGCCAUUCACCCAAAACUUGAAUCGCUGCAAAUUGCAGAGGGUGGGAGGCCGAAAUCCAAACGAGCUCAAUAUUAAACAUUGGCCUUUCGCGGACGAGAAACGUUUUAAGCCAGCCAGGCCCUUAAGAAACGGGCACGUGGCAGCGAGAUGUGGGCUUGGUGGGUCCCAAGUACACGUGGCGUUCUUGGAUACAUGCCGUCGCAUGGCAUGGUGUCAAGAAGUGGCAGACCACGUGUCAUUGCAUGGGAGGGCAAAGCUUCAUCCUACAAAAAUAAAUUACAGAAAGUGCCCGGUUUUUAUACAAAUCACAAAUCGCUCCUCUUUCUUGCUAAACCUCCAAGGCCUCAGCUGCCACAGCCAACUUCAAGUUGUGACAGUAAUAAUGGCCUUUAGGAGGAGCGGUAUAUGCGUGGGAUAUAAUGAGCGUGACGAAGGUAAUAGGAAAAUGGUGGACUGUGGUGAACUCGAGGCGGCUCAAGCGUUAGCCGGCUUAGCGCAUUCAUCCAUGCUCCCCGAUCCUUCUACAGGUCCCGGUGCAUCCGGACAUGCAUCUCCGCCGCCACCGCUGCUAGAUCUGUAUCUCAUCUCCGGUGGGGCGCAGGAUGGUGAAGAGAGAGGGGAUGACCCGCAAAAAGAAGGAUUAACAUUAUCGUCAAAUAUUAUGGGAGGGUCUGGAAAAAUGACUGAGAUUUUGAACUCAUCAUCAAGGACGUUAUUUUCAUCGUGCGAUUAUGAUUAUUCCUCGAUCACUGGGUGUAAAUCCAGACGAAGUGUGGCAGAGGAAGAGAAGGAGGCUCAAAGGCUGCGUCGGGUUGUUGCAAACAGAGAAUCAGCUCGGCAAACAAUCCGCCGUAGACAGGCUAUGUAUGACGAGUUGACCCGAAGAGCAGCUCACUUGGUGUCCGAGAAUCAGAAUUUGAAGAAGGAAAAGGAGUUAGCAGCAAAAGAGUAUGAUGGUUUGAAAAGCACAAAUGAUAGGCUAAGAGCACAGAUGACUAAAGCAGUCAAGGAAGAGAUGCAGGGAACACAUGAAGUUUCUUAUCCAGUACAAGGGAUGUCUUCUUCAACAUCAACAGCUCACUCCUUUUAUAACCACACUCCAGUGGUGCAACAUGGAUCACAAAAUUAUUCUAUCAUCAGCAGUGUUGGAGAGCCUACUACUCCACUUCUUGUGCUGCCAUUGCCUUGGUUCAUCCCCUUUCACUCCCCAGGACAAUAUUUCCCCCAAUCCUACUCUGACCACAAUGAAUCUUCUUCUUCACUACCUGGGAAAGAUAAGACAGAAGAUUCUAUUUCUUCAACGAAGCAUGUUCACACGGAAAUGACACUCCAUUUCCAGUCAGGUCUAGAAACCCAUCAUCCUGAGCAAGCAGACUUCAUGGCUUCAUCAAUGACCUCUACUGGACAGGUAAAAACGCAAGACUCGUCUUU